AUGGCCGCCACCACCACCAGAAGCCGGGCAGCUUCCACCACGCUCCUCCUGCUGCUGUGCGCCGCCGCCUUGCUCGCGUCCGGCGCCACGGCGGCCGACGACAACGGGUUCACGACGUUCAAGCUCUACUUCCACGACAUCGUGGCGGGCACGUCGUCCCCAACAGCCGUCCGCAUCGCGCAGGCGGCGUCGUCCAACACCUCGUCGACCUCCUUCGGCGCCGUGGUGGCCAUCGACGACCCGCUCACCACGGGCCCGACGAGCGCGUCGGGCACCGAGAUCGGCCGCGCGCAGGGCACCUACACGUUCGCGGACCAGAAGACGUUCGGCCUCCUGAUGGUGAUGAACUUCGUGUUCACGGGCGGGGAGCACAACGGCAGCACGCUCUCCAUCGUGGGGCGGAACGAGGUGCUCAGCGACGUCCGCGAGAUGAGCAUCGUCGGCGGCAGCGGCAAGUUCCGCAUGGCGCGAGGGUACGUGCAAGCGCACACCAUCGACUCCGGCGCCACCUCCGGGGAGACCGUCGUCCAGUACACCGUCAACGUCAAGGCCUAG